AUGUGCCGGGAUCUCGAUGGUGUUUUCCAGCAGAGUUUUAACUGGGUCUGGAGGGGCACCCUGGCCCGGCUGCGCUACCGGCGGACGAAGGCCGCGCUGACCAUCCUGCGGCACUACCGGCGCUACAAGGUCAAGUCCUACAUCCGGGAGGUCUCGCGGCGCUUCCACAACGUGCGGCAGCUGCGGGACCGCGGCAGGAACGUGCAGUGGCCCACGCCCCCCAAGGUGCUGCGGCGCUUCGAGGAGGCCCUGCAGGCCAUCUACCACAGGUGGAGAGCGGGUGAGCUCAUCCGGAGCGUCCCACCAGAAGUCCUCCCCCAGCUGAGGGCCAAGGUGGCUGCCAUGGAGGUGCUGAAGGGUCACAGAGCUGACAUUGGCCUCCAGAGGGCCUGGCAGGGGAAUUACAUCGCACUGAAGCCAGACAGCCCCCAGAGCUCGGGCUCUUUCGUCCCUGUGGCCAACGAGCUGAAGAGGAAGGACAAGUACAUGAACGUCCUCUUCUCCUGCCACGUCCGCAAGGUACCACAUGGGCUGCAGGGAACUCCCUGGAUCCAGGGAAACCUUGGGAAGCCAAGGACAGGGGGGUGACCCUGGGGAUGUUUGAACAGGCAGCAGGUCAAAGUAGUCGUGUU